AGCUUAAGCUUGAACCUCAAUGUCAUCCGUAGUUUCCAAAAACAUCCAGCUAUGGCCGCCUCUACUAGCAACAGCAAGGGAGCAGAACUCUCUAAAGCUGAGUACCUCAAACGGUAUUUGUCAGCAGACGACAAUUCCAGUCAAUCAAAAGGGAAGAUGAAAAAGAAACGACGUAAGGUUCCCGAGAGAGGACUUAAAAUAGUGGACGACGACAUUGACUGGAGACAGAUGGUGAAGGAGCAAACGGAGGUUGAAGAAGAUGAAGAGGAGGCUCCGGUGAUUGCUGAAUUCAUUGAUGAGCGACCAGAUGAUGUGAAACAACUGGAAGUCUUUAGGACCAGCAACAGAUGGAAAGUUAUUGGAGCUGAUGAGGACAGAGAGGAAGAGGACGAGGAGGAGGAGGAGGAGGAAGGAAGUGAACACACAGACCCUGCUGUGUCAAGCAAAAUACGGCCUAACUCUUCAGAACGUUCACUAAAGGGAAAUAAACACGGUUCUCCUACCACUAAUAAGAGACACGACUCUCCAGAUGCUUCUUCUCCCAGGAGAAUUCGCCAUGACUCUCCAGAUGCAUCUCCUCCCAGGAAAACUCGGCACGACUCUCCAGACGCGUCACCUCCAAGGCAGCAUUCAGGGAAGCAAAGAAAGGCGCAAAGUAAAGAUUCCUCUCCUAGCAGAAGCAAGCACAGUUCAAAUCGACGAUCGCCGGACGUUCGGCGAUCACCUCACGCUAAAAGAACUCAGAAUCGGCAUGACUCAGAUUCUGACCAGUCACCUCCUCGAAAAAAGCCUGUGAAGCGGGAAGCGCCGGACUCAGAUCAAUCUCCUCCGAGGAGACGUCCAAAAGGAAGACAGGGCUCUGAUUCUGACCAGUCUCCACCCAGACGGCCGCGGAGUGGAAAAGACUCAGAUGACGACUUGUCGCCACCUCGAAGAUCUGGGCCCUCGCAAGGCCCAAGGAUGCUUUCUGGGGGAAAAGCAGGUCUGGUUUCUAUUGAUGUCUUAAAAAAAGAACAGGAAGAAAACCGACGACGGGAAAAAAACAAUCAGCCACUAGAAAAUGAAUCCCGGAAUGCCCAGACGGUGUUCCGAGACAAGAGCGGUAAAAAGAGGGAUUUGGAUUCAGAAAGAGAAGAACAGAGGAGAAAAGCUGGAGAAAAAGCUGCAAAGGAUGAGAAAUAUGCUCAGUGGGGAAGAGGGUUGGCCCAGGGACAGAUGCAACAGCAGAAACUAGAAGAUGCGCUGCAUGAAACCCAGAAGCCGCUGGCACGUCACUACGACGACGAGGAUCUUGACCGAAUGUUGAGAGAACAGGAAAGGGAAGGGGAUCCAAUGGCUGGGAUGCUCAGGCGCAAAAAGGAGCGCAACACAAAAACACCAGCGAAACCUCGCUACCAAGGGCCUCCACCGCCUCCUAAUCGGUUUAACAUUCAACCAGGUUAUCGGUGGGAUGGAGUCGACAGAUCCAAUGGAUUUGAACAGAAGCGCUACACGCGGAUAGCUGAUAAAAAGGCUCUCCAGGAGGAAGCUUACAAGUGGAGCGUGGAGGACAUGUAAAUUUAAUUCAGCAUCAGACAUCCCCUUGUUCUGGUGAAACAGAAAAACUUUGGUGAAACAAAUGCAACGUGGACAAAUAUUUUCUAAAGGGCUGAAAAGGUUUUUGCUCUGUGAUCCAGUUCAUUGCUGUAUCAAAGGCAGCAUGACAGUGUAAAUACUAGUAUAGUGGAAUCAUUUUAAUGAUUUUGUUAUGAGCCAAAGUAAAGAAAAUUAGUUUUCACUGUUCUCAUUAAAUAAUGUUUUUAUAAA